AUUAAAUAAACAACAACUGAGAGAUUUUAGCCAUUCAGUUUUGCCUAGCUUCUUAUUUGAUAUAAUUCUUAACUGCUCAGUUUGUGAUUCAAAAGCACGUUAAACAAUGCUUCAAGUGUGUGAUACAACUGUUGGUCCAAUCAGUGUUGAUUUGAUUGAACCUAACCUCUAUCUUGGGGGCUUAGCCGCAGCCAAAGACAAGGAUACGUUAAAAAAGUUGAAGAUAAGUCAUAUUAUAACCAUUGAUACAGACCCUCUUCCUAGACAAAUUGUUGAAAUGAAGUGCUUAACUAUCAAAUUUAUACAGUUAUUGGAUCAACCCAAGGAGAAUAUAUUGAGCUAUUUUGAUGAAACACAUAGUUUCAUCGAGGAAGGUGUUUCAAAAGGAAAUGUCCUUGUACACUGUUAUUUUGGAGUUUCUAGAAGUGCUACUUUGGUUAUUGCUUAUUUAAUGAAGAAAUUUAAUUUGAAAUUUUCCGAUGCAUUUGAGAGGGUUAAAUUGAAAAGAAGUAUUGUAUAUCCUAAUCCAGGAUUCGUUUCACAGCUCCUUCUUUUUGAAAAAAUGAAAUACAUUAUUGAUAAAAAUAACAUGGGAUAUAAAAUAUUUCGUUUAUCAUUGGCAGCUGAGGAAUUUAAAAUUAUUAAAAUUUUACCACAGAAUUUUCUUGAAUGUAUAAGAAAUGAUCCUGAUUCAGAAAGAAGCCUACUUGGGCCCAAUAUAUUCAAAUGUAAAAAGUGCAGAACGGUAGUGGCAGGAUUCUCAAACUUGAUAACUCAUGAAAAUGAGAAUCAAGUAUGUAAGAAGAGUUUUUUUAUUGAACCAUUGGAAUGGAUGAAUGUCACCCAAGUACCUAAGGGUAAACUAUACUGUCCCAAAUGCCAAAACAAAUUAGGUUCCUUCAGUUGGAUUGAGAGUUGCCAAUGUCCAUGUGGCAAACAAAUUAUUCCAGCAUUCUACAUCAGUCCUUCUAAAGUUGAUUUUUCAAAUUUACAAUUAAAAAAUUAUCUUUUGAAUGUUUAACCAGUAAAAUUGAUUUUGAUAAAUGAAUUUACUUUAUAGAUAUUGAGAUGUCGUUUACUGGUAUAACUUCACAUGUUCCAACACAUUGGAUUCAGGUUUCUUUUUAAAACAGGAUUACUCUUUAUAUAUUCAAUAAAAUUUUAUGUGCUAUGAAAUGAGUUCUGAAUUAGGAUAAAUGAUACUCCGUUUGUGUAUGUUUAGACUCUCCUGCCAAUAUUGUGCAUUUGUAUAAUUAUUAUAGGAAACAAUUGAUUUUUCACCUUAAAUAUUUUCAGGAUUAAUCCACUCCAAUUCUUCAGCCACUCAUAGAAACUUCAAAAUAGUAGCAGACAAAACGAUUCACCUUGGAAACUUCGUUUUCAAUGAAAGAUUUUGAGUCAAUGGUUAAUAGACGACUUUUCCAAAUUUUUUUAGAAUAAUUUUCUUUUUGGAAGUAACUAAAUCACCAAUAUAGAGGAACAGCAUAGAGAAAAGUAAACUGGAGCCAUACUCCUCCCAAAUAUUUUUGUAGUUCAUUUAUCAACUUAAAUGUUUUUUUGAGUAUUUUCACAAGUUGGAUGCUUCCCAUGCUUUCUUAAAUUUAGCAAGAGUUAGUUUGGUUGUGUUUGCUUUAUUUCAAAAACUUUAUACAUCAAGUGAAAAAAAAAGAUUUUAUAGUCUUGUGUCUAGAUGUAUAAAUUGUAAAAGGGACAUGAAAACUUCCAAUCUUCUGGGUACCAAAAGGAAUUUGAAAGGUACAAAAAAGUUUCUAGGUCGUUGCUUACAAUUCCAAUAAUUUCAUUUUUCAGAACAAAUUAUUGUUUGAUUGACUGUUAUUGUGUGUUCCGCUCAGGUGCAAGGAUUUGGAUAUGUCUAACACAUUUUGGGAAUGAAAUAAUUGAAAAUAAAACAAAAAUUGCUAUUGUCUGGAGCAUUACUGUCCAUUUUUUCCUUCAUUGAAAGGAGAUAUAAAGAUUUAGAGUAGAAUGAGUAGAAAUAUGUCCUGAAAAUAUUUAUAUAAUAGUUCAUAUUAAUCUAAUUGUUUUUAACAAGUCGCUCAAUAAGCCCCAGGCCUGGCGCGGCCACAGCAUUACUAUUUUUAUGUCUCCUUGGUACCAACAUUCAAAAUAUGCGUGAUAGAGUUGAAAAGCUAUUGUUAUAAGCUUUCAUAUAAGAUAUAACAUGGUUAAUCUUCCCUUCUUAAAAUUUGAGAGUGAAUGUCCAUUAAGCUAUAGUUGGGUAGAAUGGUGCAAGUGGUCAUUAAAAUUCCAUCUUAAUUUUU